AUGGGCCCGCCAGCGAAACGAAGCCAGCCUACGUCAAAACCCAAGGAGUCGCAGCCCGCUAGUGCCCCAUCUCAAGGCCCCGCGUCUACCAACAUGGAAUUCAUACCUUCGGUAUCAACUCAAUCUAUCCUCGAAGAGAUGGCCGUCAGCCCUGGAGUCAAUAAUUACCAGAGUCGAGCCUCUCAUGUAACAUCAUGGAAUGGAGACCAACCCGAACGCGCCCGAAAUCUCCCAGCAAAGAGAUCUCUAGACGCGCCUUUUCGCAAAUCACUAUCCGAUCCUACCGCGUUGAGUAGGCCCGGCCUUCAGGCUCGACCCACUCUCAUGCGAAGUGCACUCAGCCAGGUUCCCGAGCCCGCCGAGGAGAUCGAGCAGGGGCCCUGGACGUCCGAGGCAUUAGAUCUCUUCGAUUUCUGGCCUCCAGGUCGACCAAAGCCAUGCUGA